AUGGCCUUACCUUUCGCCGUUCAACGGCCUGCAGUCCCUCCCGCAUUCGAGAAGCUCAAAUCCUUGAUCGAGUCCGAGUUCACCGAGUCGACACUUCACUUUUAUAUGAAUGGCACCAAAGUUGAACUGCCAAACCCAAACCCAGAAUGGACGCUUUUAGACUUCAUCCGAUCCCAACAUGGAUUCAAAGGCACAAAGCUAGGUUGUGGCGAGGGGGGUUGUGGAGCAUGCACUGUGGUUCUGCAGACUGCUCACCAUGGGAACGAGAAACGAAUAAAUCAUAUUGCUGUUAAUGCGUGCUUAUUUCCAUUGGUGGGAGCUCCAGUUGUUGGAAAACACCUAAUCACCAUCGAGGGUCUAGGCAACGUAGACAACCCUCACCCGCUGCAAGAAAGAAUUGCCAAGCUACACGGGUCACAAUGUGGCUUUUGCACUCCCGGUAUCGUCAUGAGCCUAUAUGCCCUGAUCAGGAAUUCUUAUAACCCAGUUUCCGAUGUGUUCAAUCUUUCAGCAAGCGAUGUUGAACUAGAAGGUCACUUGGAUGGAAACCUUUGCCGGUGCACAGGCUACAAGCCAAUUCUGCAGGCAGCUAAGACUUUUGUACUGGAAGACCUGAAAGGAAAGCUGCUAGAACCUUCUAUUCAAAAGAAAACCGGCGUAGAUACUGAUGUGGGUGGAUUGGAUACUCAAUACCGAUCUGAGGCCAUCCCCAAAGAUCUCUUACAGAAGUCUGCGGUUUCUUGUGGGCGACCAGGGGGGUGCUGCAAAGAUGGCCCGGGUGCGAAAUCUAUCUGCACAAGCGGAGACUCUUCUCAAGAAACCUCUGCAGACUCUGCAGGCUCUAAUUCUGAUGAUGAGUCUUCUCUGAGCAGCCAGAGUAUCGAGGCGGAAACAGAAAUCACUGGAGCAGAGUACGGAAAGCCCAUAAAAUUAAGAGCGAGAAACCCACCCAAAAAUGAAGAAGGAGAAGGGACCAAGACAACUACGAUGCUUGAUACGCCUCCACCUACUCGUGAAGAAGGGACAUUGAAGAUAAAUUUCAUUCCGUACGUUCCUUCCACCGAACUAAUAUUCCCACCAGCGCUGUGGAAAUUCGAAAGAAGUCCCAUAUGCUACGGAAACUCGAAGAAAAUAUGGCUCAGCCCAACCACGGUGGACCAGGUUCUUGCAAUCAAGGAUUUGGAUCCAACUGUCAAGCUUGUAGGUGGUGCUAGUGAAGUUCAAAUUGAAGUUAGGUUCAAGAACUCGCACUUCUCGGUCUCCGUCUACGUUUCAGAUAUCGCAGAGCUUUCAAAAAUGCCAAUCCCAGAAUCCGAAAAAGAGCUCGCAUCUAUGGAUGAGCUUGUGGUGGGAGCCAACACUUCGCUGACCAACUUGGAAUAUGCCUGCAAAUCACUAUCAACGAAGUUAGGAAGGAGAGGACUGGUUCUCGAGGCAUGCCGGAAACAACUUCGAUACUUCGCCGGCCGACAGAUUCGGAAUGCUGGAUCGCUUGCCGGCAACUUGGCCACAGCAUCCCCAAUAUCAGACAUGAACCCUGUGCUGCUUGCUGCAGGCGCUACGAUUAUGGCACGCAGUAUUUCUGGUGGAGAGAUCCCUCUACCAAUCGAGUCUUUUUUCACUGCAUAUAGGAAGACAAGUCUCCCUGUGGACGCUAUAAUAACUAAGAUCCGCAUCCCCAUACCAGCACAAGAUGCCCUUGAAGUUGUAAAGGCAUACAAGCAAGCUAAAAGGAAAGAUGAUGAUAUUGCCAUUGUCACAGCAGCAUUCCGAGUUCGAUUAGAUGAUGACGGCAAAGUGACUUCCAUCACUCUUGCAUAUGGGGGAAUGGCCCCGUGGACGACACAGGCAAAGAAAACGAUCCGAUUGCUUCAAGGCUUAAAAUGGUAUGAUCCAAGGACACUGGAGAAAGGAUUAAAAUCGCUGUGCGAUGAUUUCGACUUGAACUUUGGAGUCCCUGGUGGAAUGGCUACAUACCGAAAAACACUGGCUCUGUCUUUCUUUUUCCGAUUCUGGCAUGAGGUUGUGAAAGAGCUUGGAUUAGGGAAGGUGGACGAGGAUUUGAUCAAGGAGAUUCACCGAGGCAUCUCCUUCGGCGCCAGAGACAAUAUCAAUCCACACGAGCAAAGAGUAGUGGGGAAACAGGUUCCGCAUCUAUCCGCGUUAAAGCAAAACACGGGAGAAGCAGAAUAUCUAGACGAUAUCCCCCACCAAGAUCAAGAACUCUACGGAGCUUUCAUUCUCUCCUCAAGAGCUCAUGCCAAAUUCGAAAUUGACUGGACGCCAGCAAUCGGGCCAGGCCUUGCCGUAGGCUACGUCGACAAGCAUAGCUUACCAAGUGAGAAGAACACGUGGGGCUCGGUUCGGAAAGAUGAGCCAUUCUUUGCAGAUGGUGAAGUAUCCUCUCAUGGCCAGACAAUUGGUAUGGUCUAUGCAGAAACAGCUCUCCAGGCCCAAGCUGCGGCACGGGCUGUAAGAAUCACAUACGAAGACUUGCCAGCAAUUCUUACAAUCGAUGAAGCGAUCGAAGCGAACAGUUUUUUUCAACACGGGCGUAUGUUGAGGAAGGGUGUUGCUGUUGACGGUCCGAUCGAUGAUGCUUUCAAAAAGUGCGAUAGGAUAUUCGAAGGUACGACAAGAAUGGGUGGCCAAGAGCAUUUCUACCUCGAAACAAACGCUGCCUUGGCAAUCCCUCACAUUGAAGAUGGAUCCAUGGAGGUUUGGUCGUCUACUCAAAAUACGAUGGAAACACAAGAAUUCGUAAGCCAUGUCACAGGAGUCCCAAGCAAUCGGAUCAAUGCGAAAGUGAAGAGAAUGGGCGGGGCUUUUGGUGGGAAGGAGUCAAGAGGUGUGCCAAUUGCCUCGAUAGUCGCCAUUGCCGCGAAGAAAACCAAGCGACCCGUUCGAUGCAUGCUUAACAGGGACGAGGAUAUGAUGACAUCAGGACAGAGACAUCCUUUCCAAGCUCGAUGGAAGGUCGGUGUUAUGAACAAUGGCAAAUUGGUAGCACUUGAUGCCGACGUCUACAAUAACGCCGGGUUUUCGUAUGAUAUGAGUGGGGCUGUCAUGGAUCGCUGCUGCACCCAUAUGGACAACUGCUACGAGAUUCCCAACGUUCAUAUACGCGGCCAUGUUUGCAAAACCAACACUCACAGCAACACAGCCUUCAGGGGCUUUGGGGGCCCUCAAGCUAUGUUCAUCGCCGAAUGCUAUAUGACAGCAGUGGCAGAAGGUCUCGGUAUUUCCGUGGACGACCUCAGGAUUAUGAACCUAUACAAGCAGGGGGAGUUAACCCCGUUCCUCCAGAAGAUUGACGUCGACUGGCACAUUCCAAAACUUUUCAAAGAUCUUAAGGAAGACUGUAACUUCGACGAACGCAAAGUCUCAAUCGAGGCCUUCAAUAAAAAAAGCAAAUGGAAGAAGAGAGGUAUUGCAAUGAUUCCUGUGAAGUUUGGACUCAGUUUUGCCACGGCGCUUCAUUUGAACCAAGGAGCUGCAAGUGUCAAGAUAUUCGCGGAUGGAAGCAUUCUGCUGCAUCAUGGCGGUACCGAGAUGGGCCAGGGUCUAUACACAAAGAUGUGCCAAGUUGCAGCUCAAGAGCUCCAUGUCCCUAUCGAUGCAAUUUAUACUCAAGAAACAGCCUCAUACCACACUGCUAAUGCAUCUCCGACGGCUGCAUCAUCCGGAAGCGAUUUGAACGGUAUGGCCGUCAAAGACGCCUGUGACCAGCUGAAUCAGCGUCUCGCGCCAUACUGGGCGAAGUUUGGUCCCGAAGCCAGCAUGAAAACUAUUGCUCACGCAGCGUAUUUUGACAGAGUCAAUCUCGCUGCUAACGGCUUCUGGAAAAUGCCCAAGAUUGGCUAUGAAUGGGGAAAUUAUGACCAGGAAACCGUAAAGCCGAUGUACUACUAUUUUACGCAGGGUGUGGGCGCAUCUGAAGUAGAGGUAGAUCUUCUUACAGGCGACCAUACGGUUCUCCGCACCGAUAUCAAAAUGGAUGUCGGUCGUUCGAUCAACCCAGCUAUCGACUACGGCCAGAUCGAGGGGGCGUUUAUCCAAGGCCAGGGACUGUUCACCAUGGAAGAAUCGCUGUGGACUCGGAAAGGCGAAUUGUUCACUCGUGGACCUGGCACAUACAAAAUACCGGGGUUUUCUGAUAUACCCCAGGAGUUCAAUGUAUCGUUCUUACAAGAUGUGGAAGGGGGCUGGAAGCAUUUGAGGAGCAUUCAAAGCAGCAAAGGAACAGGAGAACCCCCACUGUUUUUGGGGGCCAGUGUUUUAUUUGCUUUGAGGGAAGCUUUGAGGAGCGCUAGGAAAGAUAAUGGUGUUACGGAAUACUUGACUCUGGAUAGUCCCGCAACGGCAGAGAGACUACGUCUAGCCGUUGGGGAUGAUAUUUUGAAGCUUGGGACUGUGGAACAAAAAGGGGAACAGAACUUUUUAGUUGCAGUGGCAUAG